GUCAGUUCGCUUUUCAGACUCUGACGAGAACACAGCAACGUCCGUGGUGUGCUUGCGGCUCCACCAACUUUGAUACGCACAGGCAUAGGUGGAUCAACCACUCGAUGGUGUACUCACUUAAGUGGAUGCUUUUCCUGGAUAUUAACCGUAUGCAGACUAUCCAAUAAGCGGAGCGCUCUUCACCGCGUGUGCUUUCUGUUUCCGACAUAAACAAUAACAAAUAUUUUUUAAUGUUACAACUAAUUGUGCUUGGCGUGUUGGAGACGUAGUUUGUUGUGUGUCUGAUGUUUUCCUUCGAAUUCCAGUGCGAUUGCUUCGAGUGCAUUUUUAUCACAGAAAGGGUACCCCAAAGCAGCUAAGGGCGGAGCAGGGAAGCAGAGAAAACUUGUUUCCAUUUGUUGUUAUUUUUUGUGUUCAGAACGUGUUGUUUAUAGUUUUUUUUGCAAGUCGCCUUACGGCCGCUGCUUCAGUUGACAUAACUCGCCCCCUAGCGUGUAGGCCCAUACGUACCUCAUUGAAUGACGUGAUCGUGCGAAAAAGCUUACACUGAAAUCAUAGGCAACCUGUUUCGGCCGUUGUUGUUUUUGUCGCUAUUCUCGUGUUUCGUUUUGUUUUUGCGUUUACAAUAUUUUAUUCCUGCAGUGAUUAUGUGCUUGAAUAAUUGACAUCGAUAGCAGCAGCAGCGAUACGACACCUGAAAGCGGAACGUGCUUGGAUAUACAAACAAUUACGUAUCGACGAGCAUCAGCCUCAUACGCUUCAAAUUAUUCUGGGACCUAUCCUAAGGGUCUGCACUGAGGUCUAAAAGCUCUUUUAUGGAUUGUAUAUGGGGAAUACUCUAUGUAAAAACCGAGUGAAUCACUCAAAUAACUCAAAAAGUCCCGUGGAUCGCAUUAUAGAUCGUUGUGCACAGAUCUGUCCAAAAUCAAUUGGGAAACAGAAGCAUUUCUGGGAUAAACAAGUUUUGGAAACCUCCCCACCACUUCAGACACAGCCCAAAGCAGAUAAUUCUGGUUGGCAUAGUGCUGCACUAACUGUUCCCGACAGUCCAGGAAGUCAGCCAGUGGCCCCUCCCCGUAAGAAGCGUCCUUCUAUGCUUCGCAAGGACGAUCCUCCUCUACGGAACGGAUUUAAAGAAAUAUUUGCAGGACAACGCUCCGAAUCCACUACUACAUCAGACUCUCAGGGUGACGUAAAAGAUUUCACUGAUUUUGAAAAAAUGCCUCUAAAUCGAGGAUCUGAGAAAGAAAAAGAGAAAAAGGAACAACUUACUGAUUCGUCUCGAUCCAGUGAGGAGCGAAGCGACCAGUGCGAUUCAAAUACUAACUCUUUAGUCCAUAAAGUUUCAAAAGUCGGUAACAAAAAAUCAGAUAAAUUCUUUGGAGAGAACCUUUCUGAUUGUUUGUCGGAUGAACCAGUCGUUGAAUCCAAUGGCGAUAAACUUAGCACGACUGAUCAACCAAAAGCUGAUUCGGAAGCAGAUGCAGGUAGCCUCGAUGAAAAGGAACUGGCUAUCAAAAAGGAGCUUAUAGCUUCUUUGUCAACACUGAAAGAUAUCAAAAAGGACGAAGGAAUCGACGAACCUGAUAGAGUAGCUGUUGAAGAGCCCAUUAUUUCGAAGAAGAUAAUCACACGACAUGUUUGCGAUGAUGAAGAAGAACUUCGGGAGCACCUCCACCAUCAUCAUGAUCAUGAUCACGAUCACGAUCAUGACCACACUUAUGUUGUUCCUGAUCCAAAUGCCCCGAAGAAACCGCAACGUGACUUCAGUAAAUACAAACGAGCGCCCGGAGAUCCUAAAUCGGACACAGAAGAUAAUGACGAAGCCAUUAUUGAACCGUCAUCUGACCUUCUUAGCCAAAUACAAAAAGAAUUCCCUGCAUUGAACCAAAUAUUGACUCCGAAAGAAAAAAAUCAAGAAGGUGAGAAAACUCUAGACAAUAAAACCUCUAAAACGCAGGGCGAAAAUGCCAAGGAUAUAGGGGAACGAAAACCUUCAGAAGAAAAACGGGAAGCGAUCAAGGUAGAAUCACAGACUCCUGCAGUAGUUCCUGAUAAAUUAUCGAAGAGCGAGCAAGUCCUGAGGCGCCAGUUGAGUUCUCAAUCAUAUCUAACUCCCGAUUUAGUUGAAAAAAUAGCUCAGCAAGUUAGCAUGGCUCAUGACUACCUCCCGGAAGAUUAUAGUUCAUACAAUGAUGGCUCCGAAAUAGCUCCUAAUUCAAAGUUACAACAGAAACGGUCACUAAGCACGCAGAAUUCUCAAGUGGAUCUUGUAAAGAAUGCUAAUGAUGCCAAAGAAUCUGUCGAAAAGGUGGCAAAUAAUUUAGAGGAGAUAUUACAAACGACUCCAUUAGUGGAGGCGAACAAAAAUGAUACGGAACUGGAAGCAAAAAUAUCGCCAGAGAAAGUAGAAGUGCCAAAGGAAAUCAAAGUGAAAAAACGCGUUAGCUAUCAGAUCAAAGAUGAGUCUCCAAGUGAAGACAUUUCUAAGGCAAUCAAAUCAUUCAUGGAAAAAGAUGGACUGAAGCCGGAAGAUAUUUUACUUCUUCUGGAAGACGAAUUCGGAGAACUUCUUCACUCCUCAACCCUCCCAGUCGAGGAUAGGAAAAUCAUAGAAGACUUGAGAAACAUUGUCGAUUCGAAGCUAGAACAACUCGAAGUUGAAAAAUCCAAAGAACAUACACCCGAACCUGAACCCGUAGCCCAUCUUGUCGUGCCUGAAAAUACAGAAUCGUCUAAAGAGAUUCUUCUGGACAGUGACAAUACUUCUAAAACAGAAAACAAAUCUGAACAGACAGUAAAUCCUACAACUGUUACUAUAUUGCCAUUGAACAUAACAAGGACAGUUUCAGACGAAAAACGCCGGCACAGUAUUGAUGAAUUUGAUCACUGGUUUGCAGGAGGUCUAUCGAGAAAGGCCGAGAUACCUGAAAGGAAAAGGAGACGCGAAGCAAGCCUGCCUGGAUACCUCUCAUCGGACUUUGAUAUAGAAGAGCACCGAGUUUCAGGCGAACUAGAAAUUGGUUCGGAUGAAGAAAUCAGAAUAGAUAAAACGACAGAGGAGCCAGAGGUGUCUAAGGGGGAUCAUGAGCCAACAGUAAUUACAACAACUGCAGUGCAUAGGAUUGAAUCCAUUCCAGAAAAUGAGGUCACGACGAAGCCAGAGGCGCAAGCAAUCACACCACCAAUUACCGAUGCGAUCGAAACCGAAAAAUCUGAAGUAACCAAUGUAAUAACUGAAAGAAAAACGAAUCAGGAUGCCCCUGCCUUUGAUUUUGAACGAGGGGACGAUAAACGAAAAAGUGUAGGACACUCUUUGCUUCUUAAGUUUCUCGAUGUGGAAAGAAAUAGCAGCUACCAAUAGUUUAGUCAGCCAGCUUAAUCGAACUAACUUGUACUUCUCGUAGUAUUAUUCGUUUGUUAUUUCUUUCUGUUAAUAAUAUUAUUAUUGUUUCUCUCACAUUUUUGUAGUCAUUGUAUAUUUUAUUCUGAUAUUUAAAAGAAAAACAUUUAGGAAUAAGGAAGGUGCUUAGCCAGUCAUGUCGACAGUAAUAAAGUGAAUAAAAACAUUCCUAAUGAAA